AUGAGUAGCCUUUUGUACAAAUACAAUCCUAAUUUUAAGUGUUCAGAGGCAGAGCUGAGGAAGAACCACGCAGAGUUCAUGGAUUCAAAUAUUUUCCAGCAACAGCAGCCACAGCAGCUACAUCAGCAGCUGCAGCAGCCGCAGCAGCAGAGCUCUGGCCUAAUGCGGUAUCGGUCUGCUCCGAGCUCAUUUCUAAUGGAUUUGGUGGAUAACAAUGGUGGUGUUGGGUGCGAGGAUUCGCGGUAUCUUCGACCUUCAAGCCCCGAAGUGGAAACAGUGUUAGCCAGGUUCAUGUCUUCAUGUAAUGAACCAGAUCAUCAUGACAAUGGUGCCAAUAGUCUGCAGCAUCAGUUUGAAGAGACGGCUGUGAAGCAGGAAGCAGGGGACUCUGUUUCUAAACAGAAUGGCUACUCAAAUUCUUCUCAUAUGAUGUACCAAGCUCAACAAGUUCAUGCUUUGGAUAAUAACUCCUUUGCUGCCAUCAACUCUACGGGGUUGGAGAAUUCGAUGCAGUCAAAAAUUGGUGUCGGAAAUCGCUCUAAUCUUGUUAGACAAAGUAGCUCUCCGGCUGGAUUCUUUCCUGACUUAACUGUUGACAAUGGCUUUAAUGUGAUGAAAGAUGGUGUAAGUUUUAGAGCAGGCAAUGGUAUAAAUGGAGAAGCUAGUCCAUCAUCAACUUCUAGGUUGAAUAAUCAACUGAACUUCUCAUCUGGGCCAUCUUCGUACCCAAGACGUAUGCCUCGGAUUGCUGAAAUGGAGAAUGGAAACAUGGGAGAUGGUAGCCAACAGGAUCAAGGUUUGGGAAAUGCUAGCAAUUCACAUUGCAUUUCUAACUUCCCAAAUGAUUCUUGGGACAUUUCUUCAUUUAAUGACCUCAAAAGAGGCAGAAACAAUGAUGGGAACAAGUUUUCUAAUUCAACUGCAUUGGAAACUCAGAACAAUGAUUUUGGACACCGCAAUUACGGCCUGUCGCAUCAUUUGAGCUUGCCGAAACAUUUUGAGAUGCCUGCUAUGGAGAAGUUUUUGCAAUUUGAAGAUUCGAUUCCAUGUAAAAUUCGUGCCAAAAGAGGUUUCGCCACUCACCCGCGAAGCAUUGCAGAGAGGAUGAGAAGGACACGGAUUAGCGAAAGAAUGAAGAAAUUGCAGGAUCUUUUCCCAAACAUGGACAAGCAAAUAAACACAGCAGAAAUGUUGGACUUGGCGGUUGAGUUCAUUAAAGACCUUCAGAAACAGGUUAAGACACUCGGGGAUAUAAAGGCGAAGUGCAGUUGUUCAAGUAAACAGAAAUAA